AUGCCCAAGGAAAAGGGCUCAGUCUACCCCAGGAACACUACUUCGCUAGAGAAUGGUGAGAACGUGCCUCAUGAGGGCAGGCUAUAUGCCAGCACAAGCUCGGAUCAGAAUAUGAAAGACCCGGACGUGAUAAUAAUAGAUUGGAAUGGAAUUGAGGAUUCGCGCAACCCCAUGAACUGGAAACCAUUUCAGCAAUACAGCCAGGUCUUCGUGGUGAGCGCCAUUACAUUACUCACGUCACUUGCUGCGUCCAUGUUCUCACCUGGAGUUUCGCAAAUGAUGGAAGAGUUUCAUAGCAGCAACCAAGAGCUCGGGAUCUUGGUGGUUUCGAUUUAUGUUCUGGGGUUAGCGCUUGGGCCGCUUGUACUUGCCCCGAUGUCUGAGCAAUAUGGCCGACUAGUUAUCUACCAUUCAUGCAUGGCUCUCUUCCUUGUCUUCACCAUUGCAUGCGCCGUGAGUAAAAGUCUGACGCAGCUGAUCGUGUUUCGCUUUUUCGCUGGAUGUUCGGGGUCUGCACCAAUUGCCAUGGGUGGUGGUACAGUGUCUGAUGUUUUUCCGCCGCAAGCACGAGGCGCGGCCAUGUCGAUAUGGGCCGUCGGUCCCUUGUUGGGCCCCGUUAUUGGUCCCGUGGCCGGCGGGUUUCUGGUAUGUGUUCCUCUAGAGCCCUAG